GGCAGCAAAGGGAACACACUUUUCUGGCUGCUUUGGACUUUCUCACAUCUCAUCAAAGACCUCAGUGUUGACAGAGAGUUAAAGAGUUAAAGAGUUAUUUCCAUGUUUUUGUGAUCAACAGAGGUUCAUUUGCUUUGUUAUUCUUUGCAUUUUUUAUCUGAUUAUUGCUUCACUGUUUGAGCUUUGAAGAAGGCGUGACCACACAUUUGAAAUCCCUCCAAACUUAGCUGCAGCUCUCUCCAGCUCAUGGGAGUGUGAAGCUGGACUGAGACACACACACACACACACACACACACACACACAUAUAUAUACACACACACACCUGUUGUUGCUGAGGAUUCCCCCGGGAGCGCAGUCAUGGGCAUCUGCGGCACUGUUGCUUGAGGGGAUCUGUGCGGCCGUGCUGCUGUUAUCUGGCGGUGUUCUCGUGAACGUUACAGUAGAAGUUGACCUGCCGGUCCAGAGAAGAGGGGGAGAUGUCCUCCUACUACCCGCGCACAAAGGACCUGACUCGCACCAGGAAGUCACUGACAGAUUCUCCACCGUCCUCUCCGUCACCCACAGACAAAAACUACAGACAUGAACGAUUGUCACGAUACGACUCCAGCGGGGAGAGUGUAACAGACAAACCAUUGGGCCGCACCAGCUCCUACACUCGGAGAGAGACGAGGCUGGCUGCUCUGAACAGACAGGAGCAAGACUCCACCACAAAAGACUAUAAGAAGAUGUAUGCAGAAGCUUUGCAUGAAAAUGAGAAGCUCAAGUCCAGGUUGCAGGACAGCAAACAUGAACUAGUCAAGAUACGAUCCCAGCUGGAGAAAGUCACUCAGAGGCACGACAGAAUAUCAGAGAGAUCUACAGUAGUUGAAUCGGAGAAAAGGGAAAAACAAGCUCUUGAGAAAAGAGUGUCAAACAUGGAGGAUGAGUUAAAGCAGGACGCCCCACUGCGGUUCCGCUGUGGGUACCAGCCCUGAGAGCAGGUUGUCUCAGGGGGAGGGGGAUGAUCUUAACAGAGCUCAAGUCAGACAACCAGAGGCUUAAGGAUGAGAAUGGGGCUCUCAUUCGAGUCAUCAGCAAACUGUCCAAAUGAAAAGAUGUCUGAAGCUCCUGUUCUGUGUCUGUGGACGCUCCAACCCCAAUAUGGCAGUUUAGUUAUCCACAAUGUCCCGAGUUAUGACUCCUGUCUGAGUUAUGGUGAUGGCUGCUUUGCAGAAAUAAAUUCCUGUUGGGACGUGUGAAGAUCCAAAGAGAAGUGUUCAGGGGUUUCAGUCAAAUUUCACCACGUGUGAUGAUGGAGUUACAACAAUUGUUUCCACGCCAUUAGUCAUUACUAUUUUUGUAAUUCACAUUAAUCAAAUAGGGACCAGUUCAAAGAAAUCCAGCAUGAAGGUACCGUUUCUAAUAUUAACCCACACAUCACACUGACACACAACGUUUGUUGUUACAUUGUGCACUGCAGGAAAGGUUUUUUUUAAUGUCAUCUUAAUUGUGAAAGAAGAGAGAAGCCAAGGGCCCCUAAUGCUACUUAGGCAUGAAGAUAUACUGUAUUUGAAAAAAUGGUUAUACUUUCAAUCAUAAGAUAUGAGCACACAGGUAAAAUGAGGCCCAGCCAAGUGACAAACAGGUGCUCCGGUUCAAGAAGCAAAAACUAGAUAUUAAUAUGAAUCCACCAAGUAAACAACAAGCACAGAAGUACCUGUUCAAUGACUCAUACGUUUUGAUAUAAGAUGUUGUAUAAAACAAAACAUUUUGGAUAUUUUUACUGUAUGAUAAAGAUAUUAAGACUUAAUAAGGUGCAUGUUUUGCCUUGAUUGACUACUUUCUCAGGUUUGUCACUCAGCUGUGCCUGCUCACCCCCCCCAACGCCUCUUAAAUUAGAUUUUUAUAACUCCAAGUUCUAUAAACUGUACGCGCAAAACUUCCCUUUUAGAAUCAGUUUCUAUUUUCUAUAGGUUAGAUACAUUUGUGUGACAGUGAAAUCUAUAUCAUUUAGAAAAUGACAUUACAUGUCUUCCUGUAUUUGGUAUUUGAAGGGGACCUUGUGUCGGCCUUGAAAGGCAGAGUACUUUGUACUUAGUACAAGUACUCUGCCUUUCAGGGCCGACACAAGGUCCCCUGUCAAAGGACAGUACUUCAUCAGUUCAUCAGUUCUUUGUGUGCUUUCAGAAGUCAUUCUUCAUUUUUUGCUUGACGUGUCCUUUGGAAAGAAUUUAUUAUCCAAUGGCUCAGCUUCAAAACUGAAGAAUGUCUACACAGAGGAGUCAGUCAGUGUGUGUGCGUGUGUGUGUGUGAAAGAAAGUGUCCUAUAUGUUCUGUGAUAGAUAUAUUUAUUUAUUUAUGCAUUUCUUAGUUUUAAUCUUCAUACUUUGUUUACUCAAUUUCCUUCUGAAAGGAAUACACAGAUUAUUUUUGGUUGACCUUUUGGACAUAUUAGGUAAUGGAAACGCAAAUGCCAAUAUAUUCUAGAUGAAUAAUAAAUAAAUAUCAAGCGCAAUACAAAGUUAAUUGCUAGUUUAUUAGGUACACAUGGUUACAUCUGAAGCAGUCCAAUACUACAGCCCUGCAAUAAAUCAUAACUUCAGGUCGUCAGCCUUAGGUUACUUUAGAGGCUGUAUUUACUGGUGCUACGGCUAUGUAUUGAAAUAGUCUUCAAUAUUUAGGUUCCACUAAACGUUUAAAAAUCUUUACUAGUCUACUUAACAUGAGAAAUACGAGUAAAAGCAUGAAAGAGGCGGCUGCCUUGUAGUUCUUCAUGGAGCGCCAUAACCUUCACUAUAUUCCAACAGGAAGUCAAAAUAGUGUGUCAUCAUAUUUAAUGUUUAAAACUGUCAUCUUGCACUCAAUUUCCUUUAGACUUGCUACAAGUGAUGCCAGAGACGUGAAUAAUUUAGGUGUCAGUCUUCACUUUAAGUGUUUGAUGUGUUCCUUUAGCAAUAUGAUGGUUUUGGAGUCCAACCACAGCAAUAUGCUGCAACACCAGUGUCACUAUCAAAUACAAAUGAGAUGCCUGUCUGCUAUUUCUACACUUGCUGUGUAGAUAUCUUUAAACUAUGCAGUAUAUUGUAUUGUAAUGUGUUGAUGAUAACGUAAUAUACACACAUCGGUUCACUCACUUUGCUUAAUAAACUGUAAAGGAAUGGAAA